AGCGGUUGUCAGAUUAACAUCUGCGUUAAAAAAAAAAAAAAAAAAGAGAAGAGAAAUUGAUGGUAAUAGCGCUCCGCCCUCAGCCCAAUGGAAGCGGCCGUCAACCCACCCCAAGACAGGAUUAAGAUUGACCUGACAUUUUCCUAACAACAUUGAUUGGAUGACCUCUGCGGAUUGGAUCCUUGAAGUGGUCUUUACAAAACGUGGUCUUGAUAGAUCACAGCAGACCUGAAGAUCUUGUGGCUUGUAAAGGACACCCACACGCUCUCUGGUUGGGUUGUCCAGUGGCAUGUUGGACCAGCACUGCAGCUCAGGAAAACGUAUCCGCAAGCCCUCCCUGCUGUACGAGGACUUUGAGAGCCCCUCCUUGCCGCACACAAUGACCCAAGCCACCCCCGCCCCUCCGCAGCCCCCGGUGAAGGACCCGAGCCGGCCGGGCCGCAUGACGAACCAGCUGCAGUACCUCCAGAAAACCCUGAUUAAGUGUUUGUGGAGGCACCACUUUGCCUGGCCGUUCCAUGAACCCGUGGACGCCUACAGACUAAACCUGCCAGAUUAUUAUAAAAUCAUCAAACAGCCCAUGGACAUGGGGACAAUAAAGAAGCGUUUGGAAAAUAACUUUUACCAAAGUGCCGGAGAGUGCAUACAGGACUUCAACACAAUGUUUACUAACUGCUACAUCUACAACAAGGCGGGGGGCCUGCGGUGUCGGUCCGAAGGGGAUGGAGCUCUUUUACCACGCCGUGAUGGAGAGCCUACAGAUGACAUCGUGCUGAUGGCCCAGUCCUUGGAGAAGAUCUUCCUCCAGAAGGUGGCGCAGAUGCCCCAAGACGAAAUUGAGCUCCCUCCUCCAGCUCCUAGGAACAAGAACAGCAGAGGAAGAGGCCGAAAAUCUAACGCGUCACGGGCUCAGCAGGUUCCAGCGGUGUCCCAGUCCGCCUACUCGCCUUCUUCGUCCGAUACCGGCGAUUCCAUGUUGGCCAACUCUCCUCAGACUGUUCUGACCAAAAGUCUGCCUCCGGCGAACAUCAUGGGCCUGCCUCCUACACAGCCAACAACCAAGAAAAAAGGUGUCAAACGUAAAGCAGAUACCACCACUCCCUCUACCCUGGGUUUUACCGUCGGCAUGUCGGGAUCGACGCACAUGGUGGGCUUGGGGAAAGGAGGACACGGGGGCCAGGUUCACGACCCCUCCAUGCACACCGUCUCCUCAAUGGGAGGCAUGAGCCUUGAAACCCCGCCUGGAAUGGGCCUGGUCAGGAGCUCUGGUGGUCCGGUGCUCCUGCAGCCAAUGAUGGCCGGGACCGGACGCAGAGUAGGCAGCGGGCGUCCCAUCAAGCCCCCUAAGAAGGACCUGCCCGAUUCUGUCCAGCCUCAGCUCUCCAAGAAAGGCAAACUGAGUCCACAGCUGCGGUACUGCAGCGGGCUGCUGAAAGAGAUGCUGUCAAAGAAACACGCGGCGUACGCGUGGCCCUUCUACACUCCUGUGGACGCUACCGGGCUGGGACUGCACGACUACCAUGACAUCAUCAAGUGUCCCAUGGACCUCAGCACCAUCAAGAGGAAGAUGGACUGCCGCGAGUACAGGGAUGCACAACAGUUUGCCAGCGACGUCAGGCUGAUGUUCUCCAACUGCUACAAGUACAAUCCGCCGGAUCACGACGUUGUGACGAUGGCGCGGAAGCUGCAGGACGUCUUUGAGUUCCGCUUCGCCAAGAUGCCAGACGAGCCGCAGAUGGAGCACGCGGCCAUGUCCGCGAUCGGAAACCCGACCUCUUCGUCCUCGUCGUCUUCGUCCUCGUCGUCCUCGUCGUCCUCCACCUCCGAGAGCGAGCCCAGCAGCGAGAGCGAGGAGAGCGAGAGCAGCAUGAGCUCGGACAGCGAGGAGGAGCGGGCGCAUCGCCUGGCCGAGUUACAGGAUCAGGUGUGUACACAACUGCGGGCCGUGCACGAGCAGCUGGCCGCUCUGUCCCAGGGCCCCAUAGUCAAACCCAAGAAGAAGAAGGAGAAAAAGGAGAAGAAGGAGAAGAGGAAAAAGAAGAAGAUCGAGAAGCGCAGCCGAGGCGGCAGGAGCAGAGCCGGCUCCGAGGAAUGGAAGAUGCCGGGCAAGAUGCUGAAGAGCAAAUCUGCCAGAGCCGGCGUCUCACAAGUGAAGAGAGCGCAGGCAAAGAAGAGCAAUAAGAGCAACAAGUUAGUGGCAGAAAAGACCGCAAAGAAACCUUUCUACCCGUCGCUGGCCGCUUCCAUGCUUCCCCACUACGACUCCGAGGAAGAGGAGGAGAUCGUCCCCAUGUCGUACGACGAGAAGCGCCAGCUCAGCCUGGACAUCAACAAGCUACCGGGCGAGAAACUGGGCCGCGUGGUCCACAUCAUCCAGUCGAGGGAGCCGUCUCUGAGGGACACCAACCCAGAGGAGAUCGAGAUCGACUUUGAAACGCUGAAGCCGUCGACGCUGAAGGAGCUGGAGCGCUACGUCAUGACGUGUCUGAGGAAGAAGCCCCGUAAGCCUUACGGUGAGCAAGAGGUGAAAAAUAAAGGCAGUAUGUCUAAAGAGGAUCUGGCUCUGGAGAAGAGGAGGGAGCUGGAGAGGAGGCUGCAGGAUGUCAGUGGACAGCUCAAUUCUGUCAAGAAACCCACAAAACCUAAAGUGGAGAAGCCCAGUGCUGUGGAGACUCACGCCCAGCCGUCGCGCCUCAGCGGCAGCAGCUCCAGCUCGGACUCCUCCACCUCCUCCUCUUCAUCCUCGUCAUCAGACACAAGCGAUUCAGACUCGACUUGAGUUCAUAUAAAAAAGCCUAAAACAAAAAAAACAAAAAAAAACAAGCACUGAUAACUCAGGGACCUGGGCUGGCCCAGGACACGAUGCACCCUGAAACUUUUUAUUUUUUUUUUAUUUUUCUUUGACUGAGAAAUCAGCUGAAUUUGUUGUGAAUGUGGGACUAAAAGACAAAUAACACAAAUUGCCUUUGUUUCCCUUCCUCUGGAUUGUAAAUACCUGUACAAAUUUAAGUUUCUUUUAUAAAGAAGAUUGUUAUUAUCCCCAAGGAGGGAGGAGCUAUUUAAAAACACACAAAAACAAAAGUGAGGUGGAAAGACGGGCUUACUCCAGAUCUGCUAUUGGCUGGCAUUAAAGUUUAUCCUCAAGAGAUUUUAUAUAUAUAUAUAUAUAUAUAUAUAUAUAUAUAUAUAUAUAUAUAUAUAUAUAUAUAUAUAUAUAUAUAUAUAUAUUCUUCCACAUUUUCUCAAACAAUCCAGGAGUUUGAACCAGCAAACCUUUAGUCACAAGCCUUAGUUUUCUUAAAUUUAGAUUUAGAUCCAACUCGAUUUUUAAGAUCAGCUCUAAGACUUGCCAUUAAACGCUGAAGGAAACGGCUCAAAGCUUCCUUCUCAUGUUCCAAGUCCUGCAGCAUUUUAGUGGCGAUUAAAAGCAACCAUACGGUGCUUUUCAUAUUUAUGUAAAAAGUUCCUUACAGUUGAAGUUUUAAAGCACGGCUUGUUCCUCUCUGUGUUACGGUGACAUUUCUGCUGUAGUCAGUUUUCAACCCUGUACAGUAGUGGGUUUAUAGAACUGUAUAGAAUAAGUUUGACGUACUGUAAUUACAGAGUUUAGCAGUAAGUUGCACAUUUUUUAGACUUUACCGAGUUGUUGGGAGUUUUCCCAAAAAAAAAAAAAAAAAAGCUCACUAGAAGACUGGGUGUUUUCAUUAAAAUGACACUAACAGAAAAACUGUUUUUGCUUUCUCUUCUGCAAAAGAAGCUGCAAAACAAAAGCAUCGACGCUAUCAGGCUCCUGGAUGUUAUAUUUAUGGAACAUAUAUUUAACACUAAAACAUUUUCGCAAAAUAAAUAUUUUGGUCGCACUGCAAUCAAUGGAACAAACGUUUAUCCUAAAAAAAAAAAAUAAAUAAAUACCUUAAACUGUAAGUCUCCCCUUUAAAGACGAGGGAAUCCUGCAACAACAAAUAAAUUGAACCUGCUGUUGAAUGUUCCCAAAAAUAAAUGCUUGUAUAAUAUAAUUUAACUGUAUUUGAUGUGGAACAAAGUAAUGUAUUUCUGCUUUUUCAACCCCCCCCCACCCCCCUCUUUUUACAUGUUAAUGUCAUUCCAAUAUUUGUUUACACUGUUAAGACUGCUGCCUCCUGUCAAGCUGAUUACUUCCCCAGAGGAAACCCUUACAUUGGACUGUAAAUUACACCAAAUAAUCUCUUCUGUAGGACUAAUGUGAGUUUUGUGUCUCUGUUCGACAUUUCUAGUUUGUAUUAAAAACCCAUUGUGCUGGA